CUUUCGCAAGUCUUCGAUCUUGCCUCGCUGGUACCGACUGUCUCUCCUCGAAGUCGCUUCAUGGUGAACAACGUCCUCUGAUACGACAUGGCCUCGGACAAUCAAAGCAGCGACUUUGGUAGACGCUACCUGACGCUGCCUUCAUCCGUUGUGGUUCGCCCGUCGCCAGCAAGAAGAGUCAGGGCUACCGUUCCUUCCAACUCUCCGCAGAUAUGCGAGCGAAGUGUUUAUCCGGUCUUUAACCCGUUGGACCCUCGGCACAAUCCUAUGGCCCCUGCGUCGUCGUGGUUUGACGACAGUUACUUUCCUCCAGAAGAGCCUAGUAACCUAGGCUCUGAGGGUUGGAUGCAAAGCUUUUCUAAGAGAUCUAUACGGAAAGCACGCUCCGGGCUUCUAGCUCUCAGAUCAGGGAUGCAGAAACGUCCUCUAGUGGAUGGCUCCCGUCACGAUGGCGAAACGCUGAGGUCUUGUCCUUGGCCGGAAGAAUAUUCUGACCAGAAAGAGAAUAUAUUCCCAUCCUCGGUAUCCGAAGCAAGUACAGAAGAAGAUGUCGAAUUCGGGUCUCACUUGCAUCGAACCAAAUGCAAAUCUUCUCCCUUGGCCCAUGACCAGGAUAGUCCCGUACCCAUGUCGCGAUUCUCAUCGGCAUUGGCUGAUCUCUCGCCUUUCACGAGAAGAAGUGAAGAAUCAUCAAAUCCCCUUACUCCAGCUCUCACAGAUUUUGUACUCAAUUCUCGCGUGCAUGAAUCGGCCAGUGAGAAUGCAGAAAAAUCAGCAGUGAACGCGUCCAGCGGCGUCGACGGGUCGGAGAUCGGACGGGUUGGUAAAACCAUGGCCUCUUCACGCUGCGUGGCACAUCCCUCGCUUGACAGUAACUCGCCAGAUUCAAGCAAUCACUCGGUCCGAACUAGUGAAGCCGAAAAAGGCAUCGCCGAUGAGGAUAUUGUGGUACCUCCACGCGCUCAUGAGCUAAAUUUCGUCGAGUUGAGUGACAUCGAUCUUAUGAUGGACACUCUCGGGGCCUUGGAUCGUCUCAACAUUCAUGAAAGCCCUGAUAUGAGCCUUGCGGGUCCGGGGUCCAAUGAAUCAAGUCCAGGUUCCCCCAAACGGACAAGCACAGGGUUUCUAUACCCAUCUCGCUCGUCUAGCACCGAGAGAGAGUCGAGUCGGAGCAAUGGAGAGGUCCAGUCCAAUGGAUCUUGCAAUAUCAGGAUCCAAGUGCAAAGUGGUGAUUGGAGUCGCAGUCUGUCGCCUGUUCCCGAAAGCAGCGAUUUGGUGGACUCCAACGAUUUCUUCGGCGAUCAGGCGGCGUGGUCAAAUCGGCCAAGUGAAGAGGGGACAACCACCGACAUCACUUCUGUUUCCAACGUUCUAUGGUCGCCUGCUGAAAACGAGGACCUACCAUCCCUGGUAACAAUGGGAGACGAAUUUUUCCUCGUCGAUGGCAAGACGAGCGGGUUCCACCCGGAUCGGGGCGAUAACCCUACGAAAGCCGAGCGAAGGCUCGUUAGCAACGACAGCCUGUACAGUGAUCCUAGUUUCGAGCGCAAUCCAUCGGUUCGAACGCAAGACAUUCCUGAAGUCAUCGGGCCAGGAAGUCCAAUACGCAUGCCGCUGUCAGGGCCACGCCGAAGAGGCCGCGACGCAAGUGAUUCUACGGACGAAUAUCUGGUUACUUAUCCCCUGUUUUUAAGACGAUAUCUCUCCUGA